AUGGAAGGUUUAGGUGCGGCGGCGAGCGUUAUUGCGGUUCUCCAGAUUACCACGCAGGUGGCAUCGUUAGCAUACGUAUACGGGUACACCACGGGUGUCAAACGGGCCCCAACAAAUCUCCAAGGGCUCAUUGACGAGUUGAAAUCUCUAGUCAAAAUCCUCAGCUCUUUACAAAGCACCGCACAACAUUCAAGUUCAGCUGUUCUGGGUCAAUUAUUCACCCCACUCCUAAACUACAGCAUGGAGAUGAAGAGUUUGAAUGACAAGUUGGAGGCAAAACAGAAGAAACUGCAAUCGAGUUGGUGGGGUGCCUCGUUCACUUCUUUCUUGAGAAUAAUUGAGGAUACCACGCGAGAGACAAAUGUAACUAUGAAAGCUCGGAGAAAGCCAAACACAGGCCAUUGGAUUCUUAAGUCUCCGAAGGUACAAGAGUGGCGAAGAGGUUCUGGUUUACUUUGGGGCUAUGGCAUUCAUGGUGCUGGAAAGACAUUUUUGAGUUCUCUUUUGAUUGAUAGUCUAAGAGCUGAGGCAAAGAGAAAAGGAUACAGCGUAGCGCAUAUCUACUUCAAUUAUAAGGAGCAAUAA